AUUUCAUCUCAAGCGUCGAAUACUUUUCCAUAGGUCCCUUCGCGUGCCAACGCUAUUUGUUUAUUAAAAGAAAAUACUAGUAACAAAUACUACAGUAGUAGUCUCAUCUGGGCUUUAAAAACAAGUUGAGAAUGGCGAAUACGGUUCUCGUCACCGGAGCUGGGGGCCGAACAGGUAAAAUUGUUUACAAGAAGUUGAAGGAAAGGUCUCAACAGUAUACUGUUAGAGGUUUAGUCAGAUCCGAGGAGAGCAAACUGAAAAUUGGUGGUGGGGAUGAUGUUUUUAUCGGGGAUGUGAGGAAUGCAGACAGCAUUGUCCCUGCAAUCCAAGGCAUAGACUCGCUAAUAAUCGUUACAAGUGCUGUCCCAAAAAUGAAACCCGGCUUUGAUCCAAGUAAAGGUGGGAGGCCCGAAUUCUGUUUUGAAGAUGGACAGUACCCUGAACAGGUUGACUGGAUUGGGCAGAAAAAUCAAAUUGAUGCUGCUAAAGCUGCUGGGGUGAAACAAAUUGUACUGGUUGGAUCAAUGGGAGGAACAAAUACUAAUCAUCCACUGAACAGCUUAGGCAACGGGAAUAUACUGAUUUGGAAGAGGAAAGCUGAGCAAUAUUUGGCCGACUCUGAGGUUCCCUACACAAUCAUAAGAGCUGGGGGGUUGCAAGACAAAGAUGGUGGUUUGCGGGAAUUGCUUGUUGGAAAAGAUGAUGAGCUUCUUCCGACAGAAAACAAACUUGUUCCGAGGGCUGAUGUUGCAGAAGUCUGCAUUCAGGCUUUACAGUUUGAGGAGGCCAAAUCGAAGGCAUUUGAUUUGGGUUCAAAGCCUGAAGGAAGUGGAACACCAACUAAGGAUUUUAAGGCAUUGUUUUCUCAAGUUACUAGUCGAUUUUAAAAAUCUACUGCCCUAAAAGACGCUUUUAAGGUCAAAUAUGGCCAACUGUGAUAGAGAGUAUGAAAUUUUCAUAUGUAAUAAUAAGGGAGGGAGGAUUGACCAUGGUUCUGGUUGUGGUGUAUUGGACGCUAGGGAAGAACUCAAAGCCUAACUUGAACUAAAGUUAAUAGGCCAUAGCUUUCAUCUAAUGAAUUAUAAGAAUCAAAGUGAACACAGUUUAUCGUAA